AUGACUUUUCUUUCUUUGUUUAUUUCAUUUUUUCUUUCUGUCUUUCUUUCUUUCUUUCUUUUUCCUUUCUUUAUGACUUUCCUUGCUACUUCUUUUCUUUGUUUAUUUCAUUCAUUUUUUGUCUUUCUUUCUUUUCUUUCUUUUCUUUCUUCCUUUCUUUAUGACUUUUUUUUGCUACUUCUUUCUUUGUUUAUUUCAUUCAUUCUUUCUCUCUUUCUUUCUUUCUUUUCUUUCUUCUUUUUCUUUAUGACUUUCCUUGCUACUUCUUUCUUUGUUUAUUUCAUUCAUUCUUUCUGUCUUUUCUUUCUUUCUUUUUUUUCUUCCUUUCUUUCUUGGCUUUCCUUGCUACUUCUUUCUUUGUUUUAUUUCAUUCAUUUUGUCUUUUUUUCUUUCUUCCUUUCUUUUUAUGACUUUCUUUUCUUUUUUUCUUUGUUUUUUCAUUUUCUUUUCUGUCUUUCUUUCUUUCUUUCUUUUCUUUCUUCCUUUCUUUAUGACUUUUCCUUGCUACUUCUUUUUUUGUUUAUUUCAUUUUUCUUUCUUUCUUUCUUUCUUUUUCCUUUCUUUUGA